UAGAGCAAUACUUCAUCUUACAGCUUGUACCAUAGCUUGCAAUGGCACUUAAAUUUUCUCAUCAGUUUUUUGGAGCCUUUCUUGUCUUCAUUGUGGUGCAACCUUUUAUGGUUAAAUCCAUGCUUUUAAAAUUAGAAUCUCUUGAGGAAGCCCAGAAAGGAGACAUUGUUAGGGGGAUUGAUAAAGUGAAGCAAUUUCUGGAUACCCUGGGCUACUACAAUCCUCCUCAUGAAAACACUACCGUGUUUGAUGAUAAAUUUGAUGAGGGUUUAGAGUCUGCACUAGAAACAUUCCAGGGAUUUCACAAUCUAAAAGUAACUGGAAAGGUCGAUCCUGAUACAAUCAAAGCAAUGCAGACCCCUCGUUGUGGUUUCCCUGAUACCAUCCCUCGUAAUCAAAGCAUGUCUAAUUAUAAGUUUUUCGAUGGGAAACCUAGAUGGAACAGGCCCCAGCUGUCUUACAGCUUCAUACCAAGUGCUUAUUACAGGGCGAAUUUGCAAGUAAUGAGAAAUGUGAUGGCUCAGGCAUUCAGAACAUGGGAAGUUGUUUCUCCAUUUAGGUUCAUCGAGGCACCGCAACAAGGCAACAGAGCCGAUAUUAAGAUUACGUUUGCUCCAAUCGAUGGCUUUGGCAACUUUUUGGCUUAUGCUUAUGCACCAGGAGAUGGGAGGCUUUUCUUUGAUGAAGCCGAGCAUUGGACCGCUAAUCCCACCUCCAGGGACCAAAUGGACCUGCAAUCAGUAGCCGUGCAUGAGGUAGGACAUAAUAUGGGACUUGAUCAUAGCCAAGAUCCAAAUGGAAUCAUGUAUCCACAAUAUCCACCCGGAAGUAUCAAAAGGAACCUUGGCCAAGAUGACGUUCGGGGCUUAAGGGCUUUAUACAACUACUAGCAACACCUUGCUUACCUAUACAGCUUUCAAUUUCCGAAGCUUAGAUAUGUCAUCUGAAACAACUUAAUUCAACCACUGGAAUAAAUGCAUGUAGUCGUCAGCCUUUAGUAACUAGUAUGGCUAUAUAUGGUUAAAUAGUUAAGAAGUAAAAAAAAACAAAGUUGUUUGACUU